AUGAAUUGCGAAUCACUUCUAUUAAUUAUCGCUGAAGCAAUAUUUGGGAUCUUCAAUGUUGAGUAUACUUUAGAUUUGAAAGGAAAAGGAAAAGGAAGAGAUGUCGGUCGGUUGGUUGGUGUAGGUAGUGAAGGCAGUGUGGGCAUAUACAUUAUCACCAAAUUUACUGAAGACAUUGAUGUUGAGCAUAAAAUAGGGGAUGGAAAUACAAACAAAGUAGAGGAAGAGACAACAAGGAUGAACCGAAAACCCCUGAAACAAGGCAAACGCAAUCAAUUAGAAAAUGAAUUAUUGUUUUUCGAUUAA